AUGAUGAUGGCAGCUUACCUGGGGAGGAGGGCUAAACUUGGUCGAUCACAAGAAGACCAAGAAAAUUUACCAGGCACAUCAGAAAUCAUCAAAGCACUGUCCGAGCAACAACUUACGAAUCCCGGUGAGGGAAAAGUGCUAUAUAUUCAAGGAAUAAAGAACAAUGGGAACUGGAGACCCAUGUGUUAUGCAAGCCAGAAUUUCAGGGCAUAUUACACUCUGCAGCUCUUUAACGCUCGAGUUAGCUUAACAAAAAAGGCUAUCGAGAAAGCAAUUGAACAAGAGUAUGUCCCUCAACGUUUCUUCAAGAGUGUAAAGACUGUGUUGAGCCUGGGCUGUGGGCCUGGUUCCGAUCUCCACGGGUUUAAAACCUUCCUUAGCGAGGCUUUUCCGUUCAGCUCGAGAGGGAAGAAGUCACCACAGUUCAUUGGCUACGACAGAGAGCUGGGCUGGAUGCACUAUGUUCAAAGCUUGGGGUUUGAAUUUGAAAGCGUGGAAAUAAACAAAACACUUAUCAACGACAUGGACAAAGUUGACGUGAUGUUAAUAUCGUACAGCGCUAGGGAACUAUUUCGGGAUUUCAACCGCGACAAAAACGAUGAAACAUUCUGGAAGGCAAUAUCUAAGAAAGCGAAAUUUGUACUGGUUAUUGAUGACGAAAAAUGUUCGUAUGAUGAUCUGCCGACGGAUGACGAAGACUACGAGUACUUUACCUGGGAAAAUGAGCAGGGAGAGAAGGCUGUUGUUUACUGUCACUUUACAGCAGAGGGUUAA